AAUUAGUUUAAAUAAUGAGGUGGGUGUACUCUGUUCUUGAUUUGAUUUAAAAACAAUGAUCCUAAAUGAAAUGAUUUAAAAAUGAGUCGUGUGUAAGCUGCUAAACAUUGUAAAUUAUACUCCAUUCCAAUAUAAACUCAAAGGUGUCCAUUAUUAAUGGUCGCAAAGAGGCGAGCGAAGCCAUCGUAAAUGGCUGAUGAGGAUGCAAAAUCCAAUGAUAGGAGUGUAUCAACACUCGUUGAGGCCGGUAAAAGUAAAAAAACGAAAUCAAAAAAACGAUCGAAUCGUAACAAGAUCGAUUAUCGUGUUAUGGUACGAUGUUUCAUCAAAUUUUUAACACGUGUGUUAAAAGUAUGCCAAGAGAACAAAAUACGGCAUACGGAUAUUGCGUCAAAUGUGAUACCAGCAUUGUUGGACGUAAUCCUACAUUGUAAAUGGAAUAAAGUCUCUCCCAUUUAUAUCGAUCAGGUUGUUACGCUAUUGGGCCAUUUAUCUGUUGUUUCUGAAAAAGAAACGGAAUGGGUUGUCAGAGAUUUGAUUGCAGUUGUUAAAUCACCAUGGAGACGACCUCUUAUCACAUCCAUGUUACAUGGUGUCGAAGAUUUGAAAAUUGAGGAAGUGUUUGAUCUGUUAGCAAAAGAAGGUUUACUUGUUGUGAAUCGUGUACGAUCACUUUUGGAAAAUAAGCUAACGAAAUUAUGUUUGAACUAUUUAACAUGGGUGUAUCGAUGCUUUACCUGGGACAAGCGACCCAUCCAAAAUACAGUUAGUUUACCGAAUAGACAAUUUAUUUUUGAUAUCUAUAUAAUAUUGUUAAACGAUCUAAAAAGUACUCGUGAGAUCUUUAACGUGUUAAAAUCAUUUUCUAACGAUGAGAUAAUGCUAAUGGUUGAUCGAUUUCGUGCAGAACAUAAUCGAUCCGAUAUUGCGUUAAAAAUAGUCAAUAUGCUUAUUUUAAGAAUGUCCAUAAAUGUGCUUGAAACAAAUGAAUACAUUUUGUAUUCACGUUCCGUACAAAUUUUCUGUGAAAUGGCCACGAAGCGUAACGUAACUGAUAGUACCGUGGCUGAUAUCAAAAAACAAUUGAAUUCUGUAUGCAAAUUAACAGCAACAUCUGAUCAUAUUUAUGCUAUUGCGCAAGAACUUUUUAAGCAAUUUUCCACGAAUCGUGAGGUGGUAACAUUUGUAAUUGAAUUAUACAUACGUGGUUUAACAACUGACGCAAAUGCAUUAGACAAAGCGAAAUGUGUUUUGAAAGAGCCAGAAACUGUACGAGAACUCGGUAAUAAAUUAUCACGUGUAUUCCAAGAGGUCGCAUCCAUAUUCCCUGAAUACGAGUUACGCCGUGAAUUUGUAUUAAACGCAUUCUGUGUGAAUCCAUGUGCGGAAACAUUUAAAGUACUUGAGAAUGUGGCGAACGAUGCGCCACAGCCAAAACCAUCGUCAGCAUUACCUGAUGAUUGUACGUGGCAUAGUCUAACAAAAUCAGGUACGCAUUUAUGUUUUACAUGUGGGGGGCUAUUCUCACAUGACGACGAUAAUUGGGUAGAGGAAGUGCAAGUGUACGAGGAACCUGAUCCAACAAAGUUAUUGGAUCCACAAAAAACAUCGUUUGCUCCGCAUUUAUGUGAUGAUCUAAAUGUGGUUUUAUCCAGCACUCGUAUACAACAGUUACAUUGGAAUUUGGAUCGAAACGAAAUGUUUACGCGAUGUCGUAACUACAUUGAACAGUACAAGGACUUAAAAUUAAUGUUAUCCAAAGAAUUGGAGUACUUGAACAUCGAUUAUAAUCAGUUUAAGGACUUGCCAGGAAUCAAUUACGCAGAUGAUCCAUAUGCAGGGGUUGAAAAAGGCUACGAACAUUUUAUUGAAUUCAGUGAGGAUGAUGAAUUCGAGGAGGAAGAUUUUGAAGAUGUUCGAUCAGAUUCUAGUCGAAAUCGAAACGUUGCACGUUCAAAGAAAUCUGAAGAUAGUCAAGAUUCACGAUCAAGGAGGAAAUAUGAUUCAGAUAAUAGUGAGGAUUAUCUACCACCAUCAAGUAAUGUUGGGCGUCCACGCAAACCAGUUGAUCCAAACGCACCCAAACCUAAAUUGGGUCGCCCUAGAAAGAUUAUUGAUGCAAAUCAACCAAUUGUUGCAAAAAUUAAAACUGAGAAAAAACGUAUUGUUAAUCCAUCAGUUAAAACCGCUAAAACUGAUUUAAUUGAUUUAACGAAAUCCGAUUCGAGUUCAGGUGUUGAAGAAUAUUUUAAUUCAACCAAAUCCUCUGGUGUGCAACAUCAUCUUUCACCGUUCGGACCAUUUGGACCCACUGUAACUACACGUGCUCAACCCGUAACACCCAAGUAUAGUGCGAUUAUAUAUCCUAAGCCUAGUACCAUUACAACUGUAACAUCUAGUAUUCCUGGAACAUCGAAUACUUUGGUAACAUCUGUAUCAUCUGGUAUUCCUGGAACAUCUGGUACUUCGGUAGCACCUGUAUCAUCCAGUGUUCCUGGAUCGUCUAAUACUUCGAUAACAUCUAUAUCAUCCGGUAUUCCUGGAAAAUCUUUUACUUCAGUAUCACCUGUAUCAUCCGGUAUUCCUGGAUCAUAUAAUACUGUGGUAACAUCUAUUUUAUCCGGUAUUCCUGGAACAUCUAAUACUUUGGUAUCACCUGUAUUAUCCAGUAUUUCUGGAAAAUCUUGUACUUCGGGAUCACCUAUAUCACCCAAUUUUCUUGGAUUCUCUAAUACUUUGGUACCGUCUGUAUCAUCCGGUAUUCCUGGAACAUCUUGUACUUCAGUAUCACCUGUUGUUACAACUACAGUGAGUAGUAAUACAAAUACAGUGAAAUCUUUACGAGCAUUUAGGCCGACGAUUCGUAAGCAAGAGAAAACAUUAUUUUCACAAAAGUUAUUAAGUACUGCAAAUCUAUCACCACAGUCAACUGGACCUGGGUCUGGGUCUGGAUCACCUUCGACGCUUACACCGUUGUCUCGACCUGUUGGUAAUUUAAAUCCUGGUACAUUAGCAAUGCGUAACUAUUUAGUACAAAAAUAUGGCAAUAUUCAACCAAAUAUACCUGCUGCGCAUUCUCAGCAAGUGUCAUUAGCAUCAACUCUUGGAACAGCAGCUACUGCUUAUAAUUUAAGUUCAACGCUAACAACACUUGGAUCCAUAGCACAAAAUUUAAGUUCAACAUCUAUAUCUACAGGAUCUACCGGUCUUAAUUUAAGUACUACUACAACGACAACACUUGGAUCCACGGCUCAUAAUUUAAGUUCUACAACACUUGGACUGAAUCCUCAAAAUUUGAGUUCAACAUCUACAACAAUUGGAUCUCUGAAUAUCUAUAAGCAAAGUACAAUAUCAACAUCAACGCUGCUGGGUCCAACUGGCUCUACUGGCUACAAACCAAGUAAUCCUAAUCCUAAUCCAUUAAGGACUCAAAAUUUAAGUGGUACAUCUACUUCACAGAAUUUAAAACUUGGAUCUGCUGUGAAGAAUUUAAGUACAGCAUUUGGACCUAGUAGCUAUAAUUUAAGUUCACCUGAAGUAUCAAUAUCAAAAACAUUACAGGAAGCUAUGGCUUAUAAUUUAAGUUCUACCUCCAGGCCUCCACUUCCUACACCUACAACUAAUUUAAGUAUCACAUCUUCUGGUUCUGGUUCUAGUCCUAGUGAACCUGGUUAUAAUAAAAGUACUUAUCAAAUGGCAUCAACAAUCGAGGAUGUGAUAAAAAUGCACUCUAUACCAUCUACAUCUACAUCUACAUCUACAUCUUCUAGUGAUCAUUUGGAUCCAACAAAACAAGUGAGUUCGUUAGAAAUUACUAAAUCGUUUCAUGACCCACAAACAUUAUUGCACAACUUACUCGCAAACCAAGUAAAGAAACGUAAAAGUGAAUCAAGUGAUCUAACAGACCCAAAUAAUCCGCUUGUUAAGAAAAAACGACCCUACACACGUAGAAAACCAAAAGAUUCAACUACCAUUACUAGUACGAAAUCAUUACAAUCUGUGAUAUCUGAUAUACGUUUUGCUCAAAAUACUAAUCAACAAACAGUUCAAAUUGAGAAUCAACAAAAUCAAAAUAAAUCGUUCAACAACGAGUCAAUUACCAUCACUAAAGUCAUUGUUGAUUCUGAACAAACAUCAUCAAAAGUCAAUGAAACAAAAAAUCAACAAACUAUUGUUGAGUCAAAUACAAGUCAAAAUCGAAUGGAAACAAACGAGUUUGAUUCAAAUCAACGUUUAAUGAUACCAUCACCUUCUACCAAUCAAAUAAAGACUCAAAAUCAACGAACAAAUGUGAACGAGUCAACAAUCGUAACAAGUCCACAAACAAAUCAAUUUAGAAACGUAGAUUCGAUGUCAAUAACAUCGUCACCAUUAUUGACAUCUACAGGUCAAAUGGAAAAUCAAAAUCGUACAAAAAUCAAUGAAUCAACAUCAAAUCAACAAAAUGUAUUACCAUCAAUGAAGAAUCAAAUAGAAACGAAAAAGAUUGAAUCAACAUCCGAUCAACAAUUUUUAUCGCCAUUUAUGAAGACUCAAAUACAAACAAAAACGAAUGAAUCAAAUUCAGAUCAACAAAUUUUAUUAUCAUCUAUUAAUAAUCAAAUAGAAACGAAAAAGAAUGAAUCAAUAUCGGAUCAACAGUUUUUAUUACCAUCAAUGAAAGAUCAAAUAGAAUCAAAAAAUAAUGAAUCAACUUCAGAUCAACAGUUUUUAUUACCAUCUACGACGAAUCAAAUAGAAACGAAAAAGAUUGAAUUAUCUUCGGAUCAACAAUUUUUAUUACCGUCAAUGAAGAAUCAAAUUGAAACAAAAAAGAUUGAAUCAACUUCCGAUCAACAAUUUUUAUUAUCAUCUAUGAAGAAUCAAAUAGAAUCAAAAAAGAAUGAAUCAACACCGGAUCAACAGUUUUUAUUACCAUCUACGAAGAAUCAAAUAGAAACGAAAAAGAUUGAACCAACUUCGCAUCAACAAUUUUUAUUACCAUCAAUAAAGGAUCAAGUAGAAACAAAAAAGAUUGAAUCAACACCGGAUCAACAAUUUUUAUUACCAUCAAUGAAGGAUCAAGUAGAAUCAAAAAAGAUUGAAUCAACAUCAGACCAACAAUUUUUAUUACCAUCAAUGAAGGAUCAAACAGAAACGAAAAAGAAUGAAUCAACACCGGAUCAACAGUUUUUAUUACCAUCAAUGAAGGAUCAAACAAAAACGAAAAAGAAUGAAUCAACACCGGAUCAACAGUUUUUAUUACCAUCUACGAAGAAUCAAAUAGAAACGAAAAAGAAUGAAUCAACAUCGGAUCAACAAUUUUUAUUAUCAUCAAUGAAAGAUCAAAUAGAAUCAAAAACUAAUGAAUCAACUUCAGAUCAACGGUUUUUAUUACCAUCAAUGAAGAAUCAAAUAGAAACGAAAAAAAAUGAAUCAACUUCAGAUCAACAGUUUUUAUUACCAUCCAUGAAGGAUCAAGUAGAAUCAAAAAAGAUUGAAUCAACAUCAGAUCAACAGUUUUUAUUACCAUCAAUGAAAGAUCAAAUAGAAUCAAAGAAGAAUGAAUCUACAAUUGAUUCAACAAUAUUAUUUGAUGAUACAGACGAUUUUGACGGAUUCGAUCAUUUACAAACAAUUUCUCAAAUUGAAGCAAAUAUUAACAAGUUAGAAAGUUUUAGUCGUGAACAAGAAAAGAGUUCAACUGUUGUUGAUUCAAGAGAGAUACCUUCAACGUCAUCUAUCAGUCAGUCUAUUGAUGACGCUAAAAAUGAUCAACAAAUGAAACAAGUUAUUGAAAUAUUAGAACAACAAAGUGAUAUGAUUGCUACUGAAUUGUCAAAUGAUUGUGAGAGAAAUGUACUAAAAUCUAAAACUCAACUAAAUGUAAAAUCAUCAACUGAAUCAAUUGUUCAACAACCUAAUGUUAACGCUUUUGCGAUCACUUCGACAGAUACAGAUACAAAAUCUUCAGAAAUAUACGAAACGAAAUACCAUCAUAAACAAGUUUAUCAAAAUAGUAUUAUUUCUCAAAUUGAUUUCUCGGAUUUACUGAAAUCAACAGAUUCAGCUGAAACAAAACAAAGAACCCAUUCAGAAUUUGAGAAUUUAUUUAAAAAUUUGGAGGAUGAUCAACAUUCCAACAAACAAGAGUCAGAUUCAACGGAUCAGAAUCAAUUACAAACUCAUUCCAAAUGUGAUCAAAAAAUCUUACAUUCCGAUGAUAACGAGUCAAAAUAUUCACCAAAACAUCAUUUUUAUAGAUUUUCUUAUCAAAAAACUGUGGAAGUAAAAUCAUCCUCCAGUAAUAAAGUUCUUGAAGUUAAACCUAACGAAGCUAAGGGAAACGAGACCAAAGAAAUAGAAGAGGCGAAAAUAACACCAAGUGGAUCUUCGACAUUGAUGUCAACGAAGCGUGUCACACCUACAAAAUUGUUUAGUUCACUUGACGAAGAAUCAUCAAAAAAUUCACGCGAAAAACUAGCAGAUAAUAAACCCAAAACAACAUUGCCAAAAUUAACAGAUAAUAAGCAAAAAACAAGGCCCAUUAUUUCACCAAAAUUAGAAGAGAAUAAACCACAAACAACAUGGCCAAUCAUUUCACCAAAUUUAGAAGAUAGUAAAACAAAAACAGCAUGGCCAAGUCCUUUAAAAGGUUCUAAAGAUCUCUUCGAAAAUAUUUUAUCAGAAAUAGAUCAAGCAGAACCUUCAAAAUUACUCACAAGCGAGGAAAUACCUUCGCAACCGCCCAAAGUAUUUUCAAGUUUGUUAGAAUAUUCGAAAGACGAAGAAGAUCCAACUAUGUUACGAGCUGUAUCACCUUCUUCCUUAGAUAUUUCAUCAAAAAACGAUGAAUGUGAUUUUUUUCGGAACGAUCCAUCCGAAAAAAACAGUACCAAUAAAAUUACCACAUUUACAGAAGCCUUAAAAUCACUUUCAGGGGAAAUUAGUCGAAAAUCUGACUAUUCUACAAUAGAUGUUAGUCCGCGUAAAGUUACAAAAGAAACUGAAGAAAUACCUGAAAAACCAGCUCAGCUUGAAUCAGACACGAAAUUAUCAUUUGCAAAUUUUUUUAAUAAAUCGCCUCCGAAGAUCAAGGAGGCGAUUAUAUCAGAGAAUACAGAAACACAGAAAGAUGUUCAAGUUUCAAUUUCAAAAAACAUCGAAAGUAUAAUUGAUCAAAAAUCAGUUACAGAACCGAAUACUUCAACUCCCAUACCAAAAAUUGUUCAAAUUGAAAAAGUUACCAAGCCACCUCUUAAACUUUCUAAUUCUGUAGAGAAUAAACCUCAAUCCAACCCAACCAUAAAACCUACAAUUUCGGCUACAAUUUCAAAAAACGUAGAAACAAGCAAACCCUGUAGUAAAACGCAAUCGACACAGACAACAAUUUCUCAAAAUAAACCUAUUAUAACCUUAACAACUACCGGUUGUGAGGUAGAAGCUAGUAAGUUUAUAACAGCAUUAAAGGUGUCAGUAUCUCAAACAGCUACAUCUGGUGUUGAAAACAAACAAACACAAUCGAAGGUUACAUCUGAGUCAAAACCAAGUGCCUCAGGUCCAAGUGGUUUAAAUUUAACAGCAUUGGGUAAUUCUUUACGUCUUAUAAAAGAAGGUGACGAAUAUCGUUUUGUUUCAAAACCAAUUACAGCAUCGUCUUCGUCUUCUUCUACAACAUCCUAUAACAAUUUCUCAUCAUUAAUCACAGAAGUUAAGAAGAUUAGAAAAGGCCAAGAAGCAACUGCAGCGCAACAAAAUAAACAAAACCAGGAGACUCAAUCAACAAUUUCUCAAAAUAAACCUAUUAUAACCUUAACAACUACCGGUUGUAAGGUAGAAGCUAGUAAGUUUAUAACAGCAUUAAAGGUGUCAGUAUCUCAAACAGCUACAUCUGGUGUUGAAAACAAACAAACACAAUCGAAGGUUACAUCUGAGUCAAAACCAAGUGCCUCAGGUCCAAGUGGUUUAAAUUUAACAGCAUUGGGUAAUUCUUUACGUCUUAUAAAAGAAGAUGACGAAUAUCGUUUUGUUUCAAAACCAAUUACAGCAUCGUCUUCGUCUUCUUCUGUAACAUCCUGUGACAACAAUUUCUCAUCAUUAAUCACAGAAGUGAUUAGAAAAGGCCAAGAAGCAACUACAGCGCAACAAAAUAAACAAAACCAGGAGACUCAAUCAAAAUCCAUCCAUCCAAAACCUGCAACGAAAACAUCACUUACAAAUUCGCUUCCAUCUAAAACGAAAAAUGAUAAAAAAUUAAAAAGCAUACUUAAAACAUCCGUAGAUGUAAAACAACCUCCAAUAAAAAACACUCAAACGGUUUUAGCCAAACAAACGGUUCUAGCCAAACAAAUUUUAUCAACUCCUACGAAUGUCAUAAAACCGGGAACCUCGGUUCAUGUAAAUAAUCGUCCUAUGACUGUAAAAUCAAUUUUAUUUGCACCUACGAAUAUUUUACCAUCAAAAGGUACCCAGGGUAACAAAUUAGGGAAUAUUACUGUUCUAACAACCACUCCACUGACAGCAUCUAUUACAAAACCUACAGGAAUACCAGGAAAGUCAGUUAACAAUACAAAUUCCACGAUCGUAAAACAAACGACUGCUCCAGCGGCAGCAUCUAUUACAAAACCUACAGGAAUUCCAGGAAAAUCAGUUAACAAUACAAAUUCUACGAUCGUAAAACAAACGACUGCGCCAGCGGCAGCAACUAUUACAAAACCUACAGGAAUACCAGGAAAGUCAAUUGACAAUACAAAUUCCACGGUCGUAAAACAAACGACCGCAUCUAUUACAAAACCUACAGGAAUUCCAGGAAAAUCAGUUAACAACACAAAUUCCACGAUCGUAAAACAAACGACUGCUACAGUUUCAUCAUUUAUUACAAAACCUACAGGAACUCCAGGAAAAGUAGUUAUAAAUACAAAUUCCACGAUCGUAAAACAAACGACCGCAUCUAUUACAAAACCUACAGGAAUUCCAGGAAAAUCAGUUAACAACACAAAUUCCACGAUUGUAAAACAAACGACUGCUACAGUUUCAUCAUUUAUUACAAAACCUACAGGAACUCCAGGAAAAGCAGUUAUAAAUACAAAUUCCACGAUUGUAAAACAAACGACCGCUCCAAUGACAGCAACUAUUACAAAACCUACAGGAAUUCCAGGAAAAUCAGUUAACAAUACAUAUUCUACGAUCGUUAAACAAACGACCGCUCCAGUGGCAGCAUCUAUUACAAAAACUACAGGAAUUCCAGGAAAAUCAAUUAACAAUACAAAUUCCACGAUCCUAAAGCAAACGACCGCUCCAGUGGCAGCAUCUAUUACAAAACCUGCAGGAAUUCCAGGAAAAUCAAUUAACAAUACAAAUUCCACGAUCGUAAAACAAACGACGGCUCCAGCGGCAGCAUCUAUUACAAAACCUGCAGGAAUUCCAGGAAAAUCAAUUAACAAUACAAAUUCCACGAUCCUAAAACAAACGACCGCUCCAGUGGCAGCAUCUAUUACAAAACCUACAGAAAUUCCAGGAAAAUCAGUUUCGUUAACUGAUAAUACAAAAUCCACGAUCGUAAAACAAACGGAAAGAAAACCACUGAUACGAAAAAGUGAAUUUAAACCGUUAACAACGUUUACGAAUUCAUUAAAGAUAGCACGUGAAUCAGAAACAAUUAAACAGGUACCAAAAUCUGGUAAAUUGAUAAACAUUUGUAAAAGAUCAUCAGAUCCGAUAAUAAAUAUCACCGAAUCCGAUGAUGAUAUCGAAAUAGCAAUAACAAAUCAACAAGCACCUUCUAAAGCUAACCAACAAGCUGCUCCGAUAACAUUUACGAAUAUAUUAAAAAAUCAAAGAGUAACUCCUCCAUUACUCAAAAAAAACAAUAGCCCCCCUUCACCGAUGAGUAUUGAGUACGAAAAUCAUGAAGGAGUUAAACAAACCGUAUUCGUACAAACAACCAAACAUUCUGGAAAGAUUCAAUCAAAGAGUUCCGAUUCUCAAUCAUCAUCAUCGAAUGAAUCGGAUUUUACGGUUGUGCGUACCUCAAAUGGAUACCUUGAAGUGAAACCAACAGCUAAAUCAAAUUUACAAAUGGCGAAAACAUUUAAAAUUGAAUACGUUCACCAGAAUGACAAUGUCCCAGAUCUUGUUCCAUUCUCAUCGAAUACGAAACGUACGGAAUUAGGUAAACGUAAAUUAAUAACCGAAAAUCAGGCACCAUCUUUAGGUACAAAGCGUUCUAAGAACAGUAAUGCUGGCGAAGGAUGCAGUGGAACAAUGGAUUCUCCUCAUAAUUUUCAGGAAUCAACAGGAGGUGCGCAACAGAACCCAAGGAGUAGCCCAAGCCCAUCAACGAAUAAUGUAUCGGUGCAACAAACGACAACGGUACCGAGUUUAUCCACAAUUGUCACAUCACCAAAUAUAGUACAAAAUUCGUCGAAUACAACAAAUGGGAGCACAGUGUCAGUGGUACGUAGCACGUCAGCAAUUAUCACCAAUUCAACCACAUUAUCGUCAUCAAAUACAGAUACACCAACUCUGGUCAACAUGCUGAUACAUCGACCUACGAUACGCACUCAUAGCCAUCAUCAAGAGAUGACUGGAGCUGGAGCUGGAGUUACAGCCACAGCCUCUGGUGCUACUAGACUGAAACAAAUGUAUCAUCAAUCAACAGUGGCAGUCAACAGUGCAGCGGAUGAAUCACAUUCAACAGCGGUGUCAACUGUAACAGUGAGUUCAACACCUGUAUCAAAUAUAAUACGUGCGACUGCAACUGGAGUGACUUCAAAUCAUCAAGUAUCUGUAGCUGGUGGUCCUGGUCCUGUUGGUACAAUACAAGUACGUGGAGCUACAGCAGGCACAACAUCAGGUACACCUCAUCUUCUAUCAUUUGUUAACUCAUCCCAACUGUUAAAAUCGAUCUCAACCAGUGAUGGUGUCAAACCGUUACAACUACUCUACAAAAUAUCCGAUGGUAAAACAUACAUAACACCUGUUUCCUUAUCGGCUUCCUCGUCUGUUAAAAUGGCAACUGUGAAUAAACAACAAACUGGUGAAAUUGUUAAAGUUGAAGUGAUCUCACCCACAUCCAAGUUAACAUCCACACACACACACGCAGGCGCAAUCGGUUCGUCAUCAGCUCGAUCGGUUUUUGAAGAGACUUAUGCUAAAUUCAUUCAUAUUGGACGUACAAAUCAAACACAAACAGUUAAUAAUAAUUCAACAUCUGCGCCUGCGUCAUCAUCUAGUGAAAGUAUUACAAUCACAUCUAGUGCAGGUACAGCUACAGCUACGGCACAGCUAAGUACUUUACCAAAAUUUCAACAAGCAUUUGGUAAAACGACAAAUUUUUCGAAUAGCCAAACAACACGUAAUACUGAUCAACAACCAUUGCUGUUGGUUAGUAAAAUGGGUGGUGCGAGUGUUGUUGCAGUUUCAAGUGCACCAUCUUUAUCGCUACCAGUUACUUCAACAAUUACAUCAACCACAUCAACACCCAUCACUGUGGUACCGGUGUCAGUGUCUGUGUCAAUUGGUAACACAGUUGGUAGCACUACUUCGACAAUACAGAGGGCAAUCAGCAACAGUAAUCAGCAACAACAACAAAUAAGAUUGAUUAAAACAACCAACAAUAUCGCUAACAAUAAAAUCGCUAACAUCAUUGAGAACAAGAACGAAAGUAAUGAUGUUGACAGUAACGCAUCAAACGAUAGUUUACCACCUUCCAGUGCCAGUCAAACUGUUAGUUUAGUAGCCAGUCAAAGUCAAAAUCAAAGUAGUGGUGGUCAAACUACUGGUCACAGUCACAGUCAAACAGUUUUAACACCAAUGCGAUUAGCUUUACCAAUUGUUCAACGAACUGGUGCUGGUGGGAUCCCAACGACACGUGUAAUGACACCUGUGUUGUUACGCCAACGCGUUUUACUUACAUCUGGCACCGUUGGCACUCCAAUACGCUUGCCACAAAAUGCCCGUGUACUUACUAGCAAUAUGAAUGCUCUCGAACCUGCUGUCAGUUCAUCCACAUUAGAGCAGCUACGUGAAUUUGAUAAAGUUUUCGAGAAGGUUAAAGAACGUAGCACAACCAGUACAGUUCAACCAGCAACAUCUGUGUCAUCAACAGCGACAACUGUUGUUACAGCAACUGUGCCAUCAACGACAGUUUCAACUGUUGUUUCCACAAGUUGUUUCGUCAGCAAGUUAGAGAAUUCAAAUACAACAGCUGACACAUCAGACGACAGUACACAGACAUCGAAUCGAUCGUCGACACCUAUAAUGGCGACAUUUCAAACAGCGCCCCAUAUUGACACAUCAAAUUUAGUUGUUGGAUCUCAACAACAGCGCGUUAGUGUUGCAUACGUUUCUGGUCAAUUGGGGCAAACGAUAUUAUCAUCACCUGUUGUCGUUAUGCAACAACAACCGAUGUCAAUGUCGAUGGCGUCGUCAACACCUUCACCAGCACUUAGUGUGACCUCACAAAGUAGUUCUUCAAGUCCAUCAUCCAGUAGCAAUGCUAACAAUAAUCCCAAUUCCAUAUCGUCUUCCAAAUCAACACCAAUCAAAUUAAAUGCAACAGUGAACAGUCAGACAGCGGUCACAGCGGCCUCCAAAACAAUUAAAAAUAAACCGAUCAAACCGAACACACAAGCUAGUCCAUUAAAAGCAUCACCCGUGCCAAAACCACAACAGAAACCUCAAGAGGAUGAGGGUACUGCACAAAGAAUAUAUUCAAUCUUAGCUGAAUACGCUGAACAGUUACGUAAUUCACCAGAUUUAAAUAAUAAACCAGCUCCACGACGACGGUCGAAUCCACCAGCAAAUCCUAGUCAAAAUUCAAAACGUAAAAAAUCAUCUGGUGGUAAGAAAGUAUCGACAAGCGGUGGUGGAACUGGUUCUGGUAUGGAGAUGAGUCCAGGCACGAUUGAUGAUCAUCGUACGAUCGGUAGUGAAGACAGUUCAUGUGGAGUACAAUUACAUUUGUCACAGCUACAAGAUUCACCGUCACAAGCGAUGCUCAGCAUGGACGAUGCACAAUCCACCGAAGGUUCAAUGGAUAUACCAGGCAUGCGUGGUUUACAUGGCAUGGACAAUUCAAACGAUUGUAUGGACCGUCCGUCAUCCUCACAAUCGGCAUCCGCUGUAUCUGCGACUUCUGUUUCUGCGACGUCUGUAUCUGUACCGACCAAUGUCAAUGUAAGUGUCUCUAGUGCGCAUCAAACCCCUCAACAAACCCAUCGACAGUUAAUACUCACUGACACAUCCAAUUCAACGGGUAAUCGUAACGUCAUCAUUACUGAUUCCGUCGUGAGUGAAGCUUUGGCACAAGUUGGUAAAAUCACAAAUACCGCCACUGUUCUGGUACCUGGAAAUUAUUUGUUGCCCAUGUCUAUGGUGAAAGGGGGUCAUCAAAUAACAAUUGUCUCCGGUGGUAGUAAAAUAUUAGCUGUGAAGCCUUUAAAAUUACCCACAACUUUAUCGAAUAAUCCGGGUGCGGCUGGUACAUCGCAACAGAUUACCACACAAGUUUUAGUUCCAACAUCGAAUGCUCAGAAGCUCUCAACACAAAUAUUAAAUCGGACAAUGGUAUCAUCGAGUGAAACGAGUUUCAUUCGAACCACUCAAUCUGCUACUGGUGCUGGUAUUUUAACUCUGGCUGAUACCGUAACGACUCAUUCCAGUUCGAAUAGUUUGGAUUUUAAUUCAAGUGGCGCUGUUUUAACGGUACAAUCGUCAAAUCACAAAAGUCAUUCAACGUCAAUGCUAGCGGAGACGAAUAAUGGCAACCAUCGAAACACCUCCCAUGCCCAUCAAUUGCAGCUACAAGUCAACGAUCCAACAACCAUUUCAGGUUCAAAUGGACCACUAUUGAGCCAAUUAUGUAACGAAUUAAAUGACAAUGGCAACCAUUCAUCUGGUAUGAUAUUAACGGAUCAUGGGAGUGCAUCGAACGUCAUAAAUGUGAGUCCAAUCCACAACGGUAAAGUGGAACGUGAUUGUAUUAGUAUCGAUAAUACCAAAAAUAGUUUUAAGAAGAAUUGGGCAAGCAACAGUCACAAUCACAGUAUAGACGGUAUUGAACAGCAACACCAUCCCGCAGGGGCAUCGCCGAUAUUUAGACAUAGUCCUGGUAUGCAAUAUGCCACAUCCACAAUUGGAUCUGACUCUCAAUCAGACAAGAAAUCACGUACUAUUAACAAUAAUCAUCAAAAACAAUUGAGUAUUCAAGCGCAGCGAAAACAGGCAGCUAUCGAACGUGAGUUACGCUUACAAAAAUCAUUAUCCGAGGAAUGUGAAGAUUUAGGUGUGGAUGAACCAAGUGCUAGUGAUUUAUUCCCCGAAGCAGAGAUACUGUUUGAUAAUACAAAUCAAUCGCCAUCGUUUGGAGUUGGAGCUAAUGUACUUUUACAAGAUGUCGUCACGACGACUUGUAGCAACGAUAAUGAUAAUGAUAACGACAACGAUGAUGAUAACAUCAACAUCUUUACGAAUACGUUAGAUAAUGGAAGUAGUCGAGACAUGAGUCUAACUAUGUCUAUGAGUAUGACGACUGCAUCAUCACAAGAUAUUAAGAACAAACUGAACGAGCAUAUCGAUUAUCUGCUAGUACAAAAGAAUAAAAUUAACAAGAACGGUACUACAAAAUUCCAUGCAAACGUUGUGGCCCAAUGUAGCAAUUCAAGUCAGUCUUCCUAUGAGGAUACCAACACACUUAUUACAAAUACUCCUCUUAUCUCAGAUGUUACAAUCCCCUCCCCUUUACCGCAAUCAACCUCCUACUGUCUACCUUCACCGUAUCGUGCUGAAUCGCCUUUAACGCAAGCAACGCACUCACAUUUGUACACGUAUUCAAAGAAAUCAAAUACAAAGUUAGCGGCGAAAAAAGGACGUAGUUACUCCUUAUUCGAAUCAGAUUGUGAAUUAUCUUCCUCAAGUCAUGAUGACACAAACUCUCGAACAAGUUCGACAUCGAACGACGCUAAAGAUAAUGAUUCGUUAUCAGAUUCAGCAUCUGAAGCACAGUCUGAUAACAAUACCCGAAAAUACAGUCGUAAACGACCGUAUAAAUUGUACGUGUACGAUGAAAAUGGGGUAGAUGCGUCAUCGUUUACGUGCGAUAAAGAUGAAACACACGAAACUAGCACGCAUACGCAUCUAAACAACACACCGUCUAGUGAUAUUGAUAACAAUGAGGAGUCUAUGUCAGCAAUGUCUGCGGACAUGAUGGAAGGCAUGUUGGAAGACUCAUCGGAAUCAUCACCGCAUUCGAUAUUAUCUGAUUCAGAUCUAGCAUCGAUCAGUAGUGGAUUACGACGUGCUUCGAAACGUGGACAUGUAAGAAAAGGAUGCCCUUGUUGUACGACGGCACAGGAUACAUCAUCCCCACCAACAAAAAGAAAAUUUGGUAAAAAAGCAUUUACACAACAUGGACAUGCAGCAACUAAAAAAAUCGGUGAUUUUUUAGCAAUUAGCACCAAAGAAGAGAGAGAGACAUUGAUUUUUUGCUAAAUGCCAUUAUUUUAUAAUUAUUUUAAGUACUAUAAUUUUGUUGCUAUUUUACGUAAAACUUAAUUGCCAUAUUUUAAGAUCUGUUUUUAUGUUUUUGUAAAUCCUAGAUUACAUUUUUUUUUUAAUAAUUGCUAUAAUUUUAAUUACAGUCAAAACUGGUUAGACAUUGAAAGGUUCUUACUCAAAUUUGGUAUUUUCUUUUUUUUCUCAGCUUAUUCAGGAAGCGAAAAGGUCUGCAGUAAAUUAUAGAACAGCCUGUAUAAGGAUCAAAAUUAAUUUAAUAAUUUUCAAAGUAGUUUAAUGGUCGUUUAUACCUUUUUAAUUGGUCACAGUAGCCGAUUUGUUAUUAUAACCAAUUUUGACUGUAAUUAAUUUGAAUAUAAUUUUUUUUUAUCGAGUACAAUUCUAAUAAUUCGCCUAACUCUGAAUCAAGUCCAAAUAAAACAUUUAAAAAUUAGUUUUUUUUUUAAUUUGCC